GACUUGUUACUGCCACUGAGCUGUUCACCACCAUGAGCAUGAGAAUCUUCAUCCAGAAUGUUCAUCCGGCAUUACCUAUCUCUUCGGUAUCUAACAAUGAGUCAAUGACAAGCCUUUCAAAGGUUUGGUUGAGAACUCAAACAUCAAGGCCUCGUUUACCUACCUAUAGGGGAAAGGGAAGCUUGUCUUGUCACAGAGCCUCAACUCAUGUGUCUCAUCGAGUCCAAGUCUACGUCACAUUCCACCAAUCAACGUAUUCUUUGGCAACACUCUACCUGGGUCAACCAACCUAGGCUGCGGGAGCCAUUUUAUCUCUUCAGCCUUAACAAUAAUUUUCGCAAACCACGGACAGCUGCCACAUCCUGCUCGCAAACCAUCCAAUUGGAAUUGCAUGCUCAACAAUUGGUUCUAUCAUGGAAAUUUGGCAUUUUUGGAUUGAUUUCAUUAUGCUUUCUUCGGGGCCCCCCAUUUUUACCUUCAUAGCUCGCCCCCAAUGAUAUUCAUGGACAUGAAAGUUGCAAGGCUUGUUUCCAAGUAAUCUUCAUUUGGUGACACUGCCAUCCUCUGGGGUCCUUAGGAUCUUACUAUUCUGUUCUCCGACGAUGAACUAUAUUUGUGGUUGUCCAGUGCUGCCUUUCCGUUCGCAUUUCCACUUCUACUCGGGCAUGUGUCUGACCUGCAUAUGCCCCUCGUAAAUGCCUCUGCAAGCCUCACAAGUACGCUUAAUGGCAUAUAUGAUGCGAAGAUUGCGUAUUUCUCAAUUUCUGUGGCCGGAAACAGCCAAUGAUAGUAGCGGUUUUGUCCCAGUUGGAAUUUUGGGCAUCCCGCAGGCUCCUCAGAUUCAACGAAGCCAAUGGACAGUGAUCCAUCGUAACUCGGAUCAAUUUCCUGAAACUUACCAAGAUGAAUUGUACCAAGUGAUACUUUCUACGGGCCUCCAAUGGCUAAUCUAGCUGAUGCCUGGACACUCCCACAUCCUAGCGAUUCUUUCCCGUGGGUGACCGCACUUUUAGUAGGAGAGAAAAAAGCCGGGGCUGUCCCACACCCUUUGAGUUUAGGUGUAAUAACUGCAUUCAGCCCUUGACAGCUGGUAUUUACAGGGUUUGAUGUUUGCCGGCAUGCAGAUAAGGAUCAGGAAUCAAGAUCUCUGGGAAUUUUUUACGUAGAUGCCUUGCCAAUUGUACUGUAAAUUGCGUUUCGUGCCGAUUUUAACGACUGCGGCAACAUCCGUGGUGUCAUCAUAUUCAAGUCUCCCGCUCCUAUUAUGUCCAUAGUCAUAUACUUAUGGCGUCUCACCAACCACAGAUUCUUGGAACGGAUGCUGCGAGGCCUAAGGACAAUUUCUUAUGCGAGCAAAAUCCUUUCCGUUUGAGAAUUGAGCCUUUGAAUUGAACUGCCGCUCUUAUCCCCGGAAGGCUACCUCUCCCAAAAUCCCGGUGUCCCAACCUGCCACCUGCAUCAUCCUAGUGGUGAAUUUAUAUCAUUCUUUUCUCAUCCUUAAUUAUUUCUAGCUAAUGGCGUUGCAUUCAUUUUGAGAAUUCAGGGAAAAUUACACAGCAACCCUGAGCUAUCAUCAUUCUGUCCGAUUAUAUCAAAGAAACUUCUUGGGCUCAUAAGGCGACCUAGUACAUUCCCUAUCUUCAUGAUAUUGCAAUUUAGAAUCCUGUUGAACACUCGAGGUUUCUUUUGAGUAUAUAUACAUGAUGAUAAUCGACAAUGAGAUAGUAACCGACAUGAUGAGAAUUUCAAUAGCAGGCUCAGGCGGCUUGAGCCAAAUUAUCGCUCGUGAGAUCAGCAAGACUGUACAUCCACUCAUUAUCUUAUCAAGACAAGGUCGACCAGAUCUAGAGGCACACGGCUACCAAGUGACUGUAGUCAACUACGACGACCAGGAUGAUCUUCGUUUUAAUCUUCGAGGAAUAGAUAUAGUUAUUUCCACUGUAUCUGGGACUCCUCAAAUCAACCUUAUUGAUGCCGCCGCGCAUUCCCGUGUCCAGCGUUUUAUCCCUGCAGAAUACAAAGAUAAGCUAGGCGGGCGACCAACAAACGACCCCUCAGAUCGUGGAAGGGCUGCAAGUAUUGAAAGGCUUCGACAUUGGGCUCACCACCCCCGUCAUCGAAUGCAAUAUACUGUUUUUGGAUGUGGGGUUUUCUAUGAACGAUUCGCUCCAGGAGGUCUAGCUUCAAUGGGCAUCGGCACUUCAACUGUGCUCGGCUAUCAAGGUUCUUAUCUCAUGGAUAUGGAGACAAACACAGCAGAAAUUGUGGAAUAUAAUACUAUGGGUCAGGCCAUCUCAGUAUCAAUGACAUCUGUGAAUGAUGUUGCACGAUUCAUCGCAGCAGCUCUGUGUUUAGAUCAACGGACAUGGCCGAUAGAGUUCAGAAUGCAAGGAGAUCGGAAGACUGUAACUGAAAUUGUCCAGUAUGCCGAAGCUAUCAAAGCACAGCGAUUUGCAACAACAGUCAUUGCAGCUCCGGCACUAACGGCAAAUAUUCAGGAAGCAGCCUAUUACCAAGACUAUGCUAGAGUUGGCCGCUUACAGGAGCUAUCUGCUACUGAGGAGAGAAGAUAUGACUUCUCGCAAGUUAAUCUGAAUUCAUUGGUCAACAUCCAGCCAGUUUCAUUUUGGAACUGGCUACGAACACAUUGGGCACCUCAGUGAACUUUACACUAGCUUGUGAUCAAGGACGCAUACAAUGUCGAGAUCCCUAGGAUUCCAGUCUCAGAUGUGGUAUUAUAUGGCCCGAUAUGUAGAAUCGUUAUUGCAUGAGAUUUUGAUCAAUCUUGAAGUACUGGACCUGAAUGGGUGUAAACAUGAAGGCAGAGGAGGUUGAUGUGAUGUUGUGAGGAACGAAGAAGCAUAGAAGGUGUAAAUAUCAUCGCAAGUGAGGAUUACACGCCGAUUUGCUUAUUUUAUGAAUACUGACCCUGUCUUCUAUUCUCCUCUACUCAGGCUGUAUCUUAGACAUGUUACUCGUCUAGACAAAUCUUCUUUUAUGAAUGUGACGAAGAUGAUCAGUCUUUUUUGUCCUUGCACUUUGAUACCUUGUUCAUUGAAAGGCCAAUCAAUAUUUAAGUACCAUAGUAAUAAUGAGAUAGCUUAUUAGGAUUGAUGGGAUAUUGAUGUCGUGUCAAUGGAACGAUCUCUUCCA